GCACAUGCAGAGCUGCCCAGUAGAGCCGAGAGUCCCGUAGCGCGCGUACUUACAUACCCCGAGAUAAAUCCGCAAAACCUGUAACCUUAACCGAGUAGAGCGCGAGAGAGAGAUCGCUCUCUCCUACGUUAUUAGACGAUUAUACCAUUCUCUAUUGACUCGUAAUAACAACGGCGUACGCUCGCAAGUUUCUCACCCGACUCACCCUGUCGAUCUUAACGCCAGCCGAUUAAUUUGCACGAGCACGUACGGUGACGCGGCAGUGACAGACACCCACGGGACACACGGUAUAACGUCGUAGCCAGAACUCUGAAUCGCGACGGCGACAGUAACAGCAAAUAUACAGCAGCAGCAGCGGCAAGAGUCAGAUAUCUCUCGGCUACUCCUCGUCACUCGUGGAAAACAUUUAAUAUUCGCGCUCGUGAAAGAGAUAUAAUCGAGUAGUUGCAAUGUGUGAUAAUACUAACACGACGACGCAAAGUAUAGCGGACUAUCUGUCACAGUUACUAAAAGACAGGAAGCAGCUAGCUGCUUUCCCUAAUGUCUUCAUACACGUAGAGCGCCUACUAGACGAAGAGAUCGCCAAGGUACGGGCCAGCCUCUUCCAGAUCAGCGGCGUCAAGAAGGAGCCACUGGUGCUGCCAGAACCAGAGGGAGAUGUUACCACACUCACUGAAAAAGUUUACGUUCCAGUCAAAGAGCAUCCAGAUUUCAACUUCGUGGGAAGGAUUCUGGGACCGAGGGGCAUGACAGCCAAGCAACUGGAGCAGGAAACCGGCUGCAAGAUCAUGGUGCGAGGAAAAGGUUCGAUGAGGGACAAAAAGAAGGAGGAACAGAACCGGGGUAAACCAAAUUGGGAACAUUUGACAGACGAGCUACACGUUCUGCUCACCGUCGAGGACACCGAGAACCGUGCCACCCUGAAGCUCGCACGUGCCGUCGAGGAAGUGAAGAAGCUCCUGGUACCCCAGGCCGAUGGCGAGGACGAGCUUAAGAAACGACAGUUGAUGGAACUCGCCAUAAUAAAUGGAACGUAUCGAGAUUCGAAUACGAAAGUCGCAGCAGCCGCAGCUUUUGACAUUGCAGCCUGCGACGAGGAAUGGAGACGCGUCGCAGCGGCCGCAGCCGAGACUCAGCGUCUUCUUCCUGGUCUUGGAACCCAAAUGAGGACCCAGAACGCGCCACUCGGUGCACCGCUGAUACUUUCUCCACGAAUAUCCGUCCCGACGACCGCCGCCUCGCUCCUGAACGGCUCGGGUCCACCAGGAUCUCUCCUGUCCGCGGGUGAUCCACACGGACUCAUUUACACGCCGUACGCAGACUACGCCAACUACGCGGCCCUGGCGGCAUCGCCCCUUCUCACCGAGUACGCCACGGCUGACCAUUCUGUCGCAUACGGCAAGCAUUGGAAGACGACGUUUCCGAACGACCCGUACCGGAUCUACAAAAAUUUUAAUAGCCACUACUAAGCGAACCUCGGGAAUAACGCGCGAGGGCACCAGGACGAAAAGUAUAUAAGAGUACUAUUAGGGAGAGACGCCGGAAGAUACAUAGGCGAACGACAUUACCGACGCCUUUCGAACGGUACCGAAAGACUCUUCUUCCUCUUCUUCUUCUUCUUCUUCUUCCACUUCGACUUCUGUGCGUCCCUCGCUUUGCCGCGAUAAUAGUAUAGGAUACUAUCAGCAGGUGCAGCGUUUAAGCGAUGGUCGUAUUUCCAACGGUAUUUUCAUAUAUUUCAAAAAAAUUGCCUAACCCGGUUUGUCAUAAUGGCCGUCCUAUAAUGUGUUCGGUGCGUAAUUAUCG